CUAAUCCUAGUCCAGGAACCGCGAUGUCCAAUGAACCAGAUGCAAACCCGGCUCCAGAUCCUCAGGCGCCUGUCACACGGAAGGGGUUCUUGAUGUCCCUAAAGACCGGAGUGCCAAUGCCGAUUCCGGAGGAUGAUUUGUACGGACGCUGCCGCCCAGUGGCCGAGUUCGAGAAACUAAAUCGCGUUGGCGAGGGCAGUUACGGCAUUGUCUAUCGGGCACGUGAUACGCGCUCAAACGAAAUUGUGGCGCUAAAAAAGGUACGCAUGGAUCAAGAGAAGGAUGGUUUGCCGGUCAGUGGACUACGAGAGAUAAUGAUCCUUAAGAAAUGCAAUCAUGAGAAUAUUGUACAUCUGCGCGAAGUUGUGGUCGGCAAAAGCUUGGAUAGCAUAUUUUUAGUAAUGGAUUACUGUGAACAGGACUUGGCAUCGCUACUCGACAACAUGUCGCAACCAUUCACCGAAUCGGAAGUUAAGUGCAUUACACUUCAAGUGCUUCGAGCCUUACAAUAUAUGCAUGCCCGCUUUAUAAUUCAUCGUGACCUAAAAGUGUCUAAUCUUCUAAUGACUGACAAGGGCUGCAUUAAAGUUGCCGAUUUUGGGUUGGCGCGGUUAUAUGGAAAUCCUCCGAAGCCCGUCAUGACUCCGCAAAUGGUUACGCUUUGGUAUAGAGCGCCGGAAUUGCUGCUAGGCGCCAGGACACACACCACAGCCGUAGAUAUGUGGGCUUUUGGGUGUAUUCUGGGCGAGCUGCUGUUAAACAAACCCCUCCUGCCCGGCAAUUCAGAGAUCGCACAGCUUGAUUUGAUCAUUGAGCUGUUGGGUGCGCCAUCCGAAUCCAUUUGGCCUGGAUUUUCAGAACUGCCUGCCGUUAAGAACUUCACAUUGAGUGAACAGCCGUACAAUAACCUAAAAACCAAAUUCCAUAUGCUUUGUCAGCCGGGAAGAGAAUUGCUUAACAUUUUAUUUAUUUACAAUCCUAACACACGUGCCUCUGCUGAUGAAUGCCUGACCAGCAAGUACUUCACAUCGGCGCCACUCCCUUGUGACGCGCGCCUAAUGCCCACAUUUCCGCAACACCGUAUCUUGAGUGGUGGCCAACAGCAACGACAGAUGCCACAAGCAACACAACCACCCACAGAUAAUAUACCAAUUUCCGAUUUACUAAAUGUGUUUAUUAAAAGACAACGUUUAGAAUAAA